AUGGGUUGCGGUGCCACCGUCUCGAAGAAGCGCUUCGAGGAGGUGGAGGUCCGCGCGAAGCAGCUACAGAACACUUUGCAAGAGCAAGAAGCUCAGCUGCGAAGGUUCGAGGGUGCCGAGUCCUCGAAGAGCGAGGACCGCAGCCUCUACUUCGAG